UAGAGUGAAUAGUUUAUCGAUUCGAAUGAUGGCCGUGGUAAAUUCGAUCAAUAAGGAGGCCAGUACAGGUGCAGGUAGAACGGAGUAUUCGGAGAACAUGGCUGCUAUCCUGUUGAAAAGUUUGCAUAACAUCGAAGCUCUCGAUGAGCCGACUGCAAAAUGGAACGUCCCUUUGAGCGACGGAAACCACGUGAUAGAAUUUGAACACGGAACAGCGACAGGUCGCCGAUUGAUAAGAAUAGAUGACAAAGAAUUGGUCCACAAAGAUUGGAUGUUUCAACUGGUUGGAGAUGAAGCGUUUAUGUUCAAUGGUAACAAAUUCGUGAUCAGAAUCGAUCCAAUUCCAGGAUUAAAGUAUUCUUAUACUUUGUGGGUUAAUGGUAAGAGUUACAAGAAUUUCAUUCAGACACAGUCAAAAAUUUUGGAAACCUGGUUGGCUAAAGUUGGGAACGAAGAAUAUAGAAUAGUCUUAGAUAAGCAAACGCAAAAUGUUUGGGUAAAUGGCGAACAAAUGGAAACAGAGAAUGAAUUUACCGACGAUGGGGCAGAAAUAUUGUUCUCGGUAGGAGACCUCCCAGCAUCGAUUAAAACUUACAGUUCAGGACAAAAAGAAAUUGGAAUAACGUACAGUUUAUACAUCGACGAAAUAGAAAUUGAAAAGGAGAUCCCUUUGAAAGAUUCUGAUUAAAUCUGAAAUCAUGAAUCGCUUAUUUACACAGUGUUUUAUCGUUUUAUGUGCCACGAACAUUUCUUACACUUUGUAUAUAAUACAAUAAACCACGUUGCAAUAAAA